GCGUGCGGCGGUCGCGGCGCGUGGCAGGAAGCGGAAGGGGGCGGCCGAGCCCGGUGCCUGACGUGUCCCUGUGAGGCCGCUGCCCGCGCUGCUGCUCCCGUCCGGCGGCCGCCAUGGGCAUCAAAUUUCUUGAAGUAAUCAAGCCCUUCUGUGUUAUCUUGCCUGAAAUCCAAAAGCCAGAACGGAAGAUUCAGUUUAAGGAAAAGGUGCUCUGGACAGCUAUCACGCUCUUCAUCUUCUUAGUAUGCUGCCAGAUUCCCUUGUUUGGUAUUAUGUCAUCAGACUCAGCAGAUCCAUUCUACUGGAUGAGAGUGAUUUUGGCAUCAAAUAGAGGUACGUUGAUGGAGCUGGGCAUUUCACCCAUUGUCACUUCUGGGCUCAUCAUGCAGCUCUUGGCAGGUGCUAAGAUAAUUGAAGUUGGUGACACCCCAAAGGACAGAGCCCUCUUCAACGGAGCACAGAAAUUGUUUGGAAUGAUCAUUACCAUUGGACAGUCUAUUGUGUAUGUAAUGACUGGGAUGUAUGGAGACCCAUCUGAGAUGGGUGCUGGCAUCUGCCUGCUUAUCACAAUUCAGCUUUUUGUGGCUGGGUUGAUAGUUCUGCUCUUGGAUGAGCUUCUACAGAAAGGGUAUGGUCUUGGUUCUGGCAUCUCUCUCUUCAUUGCUACCAAUAUCUGUGAGACUAUAGUGUGGAAAGCCUUCAGCCCCACCACGGUGAACACAGGACGAGGCAUGGAAUUUGAGGGAGCAAUCAUUGCUCUGUUCCAUCUUCUGGCUACUCGUACAGACAAAGUCAGAGCCCUUCGAGAGGCCUUUUACCGUCAGAAUCUCCCCAACCUUAUGAACCUGAUUGCUACCAUCUUCGUCUUUGCUAUUGUAAUUUACUUCCAGGGCUUCAGAGUUGAUCUUCCCAUCAAAUCUGCUCGCUACCGUGGCCAGUACAACACCUACCCCAUCAAGCUGUUCUAUACUUCCAACAUUCCCAUUAUUCUUCAGUCUGCCCUGGUGUCCAACUUGUACGUCAUCUCCCAGAUGCUUUCUGCUCGCUUCAGUGGCAACUUACUGGUUAGCCUGCUGGGCACUUGGUCUGACACAUCAUCUGGAGGUCCUGCUCGUGCUUAUCCAGUUGGUGGUCUUUGUUAUUACCUGUCACCUCCAGAGUCCUUUUCUUCAGUGUUAGAAGACCCUGUACACGCAGUUGUCUACAUUGUAUUUAUGUUAGGCUCCUGUGCUUUCUUCUCCAAGACGUGGAUUGAAGUCUCUGGCUCCUCUGCCAAAGAUGUUGCCAAACAGCUGAAAGAACAGCAAAUGGUAAUGCGAGGCCACAGGGAAACUUCAAUGGUACAUGAACUAAACAGGUACAUCCCUACAGCUGCUGCAUUUGGUGGUCUGUGUAUCGGUGCCCUGUCUGUGUUGGCAGACUUCCUGGGGGCAAUUGGAUCUGGAACUGGAAUUCUGCUGGCUGUCACUAUCAUUUAUCAGUACUUUGAGAUCUUUGUAAAGGAACAGAGUGAAGUUGGCAGUAUGGGAGCUCUGCUUUUCUAACCUCACGGACCCAGGCUCGGGGGGGAGGAACCUUCUCAAACAUAGCCAGUCAGGUGAAAAGGAGUACCACAAACUUGGUAAUGUCAUUCUCUAGGAACAUAGGUUUUAAUAAUGUUUCCAAAGCACAUUCCCUUAUGUUAAACUUUUCUAGCAUCCUGUUGGCAUUUUAUAAAUCCAUGAGGAAAAAAUGUGCAAAAAAAAAGAAUUUUUUUAAAGAAACUUCUUUUUUAAUGAUAUGUCAGGAGCAUCAGCUGCUCAAUUGGGUUUAGUUCAGUGACUCUUGGGAUUUUUUGAGCCCCUUUCAGAUUUAGGAUACCUGAAGCCUUUCCAGGUUUUAAUAAUAAAUGUUUGUUAAGUGGAUGUUUGGAAGAAGGGAUUUUGUUUCCAUGUAACUUGGUUUUGCAGCUCCAUUGCAGCAGUGGUGAGACAAAAUCUCUCCCUCUUAACGCUCAAGUUCCUUAAUUAUGGUUGUAAGCACGAACAGUGUUUCAGAUGUUCAGUUCUGUGUUUGCGUUGGGGUUUUAUUUUCAGUAUGGCAGAUUUGGGAGGCAGUUGUUUCUUUUUACUAAAUGAUAGCUCUAACUCCUAA